UGAUGCGCUCGUUGAACGCAGCGUGCACAUGAUGCGCUCGUUGAACGCAGCGUGUGAUGAGGACAGCCCACGGGUCCUGCCCUCAAUGUUGACAAUGUGAUUCAGGCAAGAUAGAUGCCCGGCUGCAAAGCUGCAAUGGACUUUAGCUAUGUUUUGCUCUGCUUCCACUUCACCAUUGCCUACUGAACGAUCUGCUGUUCAUUCACCAUGACUGAACGAGCUGAAGCCGCCGUCGAACCAGGUGCGCUACAAGACCGGGUGUUCGUGUUUUCGCUCGUUGGCGUUUUGACGGACGUCUUGGGAUCCGCGAAAGACUUGUACCACAGACUUAAACAGAAGUCAAGCUCCGACGACGAACCCGAUAAUCACAAGAAUACCGACACCAAUAAUACCCGGGACCGCCGAGACUCGCACUCGCACGUCAUCGAGUCGCUUGGGCGCCAUGUUCGAUGGGGCCUCGACAGAAGAGCAGAGCACCAUAGCGACAGCGAAGACGAUCUAAUAUGCAACGCCCCUGUGCAAGUUCUGUCUACAUAUGAACGCGCAUAUCGCAAGCUCGGCGAACAAUAUGCACGUGGAGAUGACGUUGCAAAACUCCAGUUGCAAUCGCAAAUCAUCAAAUUGCAACAAGUUCUGAUCAGCAUCCACCAAGAUCUGGUGAUCAGCAACUACCUCACCAUCUCUUCGUCGCACUCGCAACUCAUCCACCUUGUCCAAACAGUGCGGACCACCCGGGCAGCAGCUAUUCAAGCACUCGAUUUGCUGUACCAACGCAUGCUGGCACAACCUCCACCAAAAAAACCAGGAGUGGACCCGCCGAUGCCAGGAGGCUUGCCCUUACCUCCCCGAUCUCCACAUAGGAGUCAGAGUAACAGCUCCAGCUCCUCAGACACAUCCGUACCAGUACCGUCUAAGCCUAUCGUAGACGAUCCAAAGCCAACGCCAAAGCCAACACCAAAGCCAACACCAAAGCCAACGCCCGAUCCUUACCCCAUUCCCUACCCUAAUCCCAACAUCAACAAGCUCUUCUGCCGCUACGCCCUCGAUCUCCAGUACAACACGCACCUCCCCCUUUCAGCCAACUUCGGCCGCGACGGCAACAGGAGAUGUCCACGCUGUCGGGCCUCCAUCGCCGUACGGCCCCGGAAGGCGUGGGAACUCAUCAUGACGACUCGUGGACGGCAUCCCAGGCGCAAGAGAUUCCUAAUAGGAAACGUUUUUGUGGUCAAGUGCCAUCGACCUGGUGGCGCGUUUGCGUGUGUCUUGUGUGCGAAGUAUGGCGAUGCGGAUACGGUGUGUCGCUCGAUUGCGGCGUUGAUGGAGCAUUUGUGGAAGGAGCAUACCUGUGAGGACCUGGAGAAGGAUGCUGAUAUUGUGGUUUGUUAGGUGGCCCCUUGAAUUUUGAAUUUUGAUACCCAGAUUGCGUUGGUUCCGGUUUGUAUUUGCAGUUUGAGCCGCAAU